UUUUCAUGGUUAAAUCUUGUCCAAUACAAAGACAAACCAACUUUGUAGGAGCUAUAACAACUGUAAGAUCAGAGAGCAGCAAAUCAUGGCCGUUGGAUAUGAAACAUUAACGGUGAUGAUCUUGACCUUGAUGUUGUUAGUUAAGCAGAGUGUACAACUGAGGUCCACUCAUCCAUUACAUGAGGUUGUAGAUAGGAUAAACCACCAUUCUUCUUACAUUGGCUUAGUUUUAGCCUUUCCUGCUGAAGAAAUCCCCCUUCUAAACUCUGGUCUUUUUGUGCUCAACUCUAGGAAUCCCUACAUCCAUAUCGCUGGCAGAAAAUUCAACAUUGGGAAAAUCAAAGGUGUAGAUGUAAUCUAUGUCUUAACAGGAGAGCAAACAGUAAAUGCAGCUCUUACAGUACAGGCUCUACUUCAGACUUUUAAUAUCAGGGGAAUUGUUCAUUAUGGCAUUGCUGGAUGUACUAAUACUUCAAUGUCUGUCGGAGAUGUCGGCGUGCCACAUUCUUUUGCAUUCACCAGCUCCUGGAAAUGGCUGGAUUUUGGGUCUGAAGAAACGAGUGAAAAUGAGCUGAAAUUUGGGGCUUACAAUCUUCCACAAUCAGGAGAGAAUUUACUAGAAAGAAUUCAAUUCACCCCUGUACAACUUUUCUCUAAUAAGAAGGCAAUGCAAGAGCUCUUUUGGUUUCCAGUUGAUGCUCAUUGGUAUAAUCUUGCUACCCAACUUCAGGGAUUGAAGUUGCAGCAGUGUUUAAAUGAGACUGCUUGCUUGCCUAAAGAGCCCAAAGUGAUAUUUGGACUUAGAGGUUCAACCGCGAAUGUGUUCAUGUCUAAUUUGGCAUUUGCAAAGUUCCUUUACCAAGAAUUCAGCAUAUCUACAGCAGAUGAAGAGAGUGCUGCAAUUGUACAUGCAUCACUUUCGAAUGGUGUACCAUGUGUUGUGUUUCGUGGUGUAUCGGAUGUGGCUGGUGGAGAGAAACUAGCAUUGGCUGGUCUCAGUUCUCUGGCUGCUAUCAACUCCUUUAAAGUAGCAGCUAAAUUUGUAGAACUUAUUGGCAAGAAGAAAGCUACAUUUUAAGCAUAGCUAGUAGUUCUACCUUAGUCUGGCUUUGUUUCUCCACUCUUAGGGAGUUAGGCAAGUCGGAAUUUAAGUGUGUAGAGGCUAUCGUUGAAUAAAUUUGCUAGUUCUUUCAAUAAUUGGUUUCCAUGUAAUCUACGCUACUGUUUGAUCAAUAAUUAAUCACUUUUCGGAAA